GUGAGAGUUAAGCUUGAUCAAGAAAGUCCGCUAUAAGUUAAGCGUAUCAAUCCUCAUACGGUGGCGCACAGAAGGGAGAGGUGUGCGAGCAAAUAUCACCAGCUUCGUAGCGGUGAUUCUGACGGAGACAAAGUUCUCAGAUCCAUAGCGACCGAAGCCAGCGCUCCAGGCUGGUUCACUGUCAAGACGUGGCCAAAGCAAGACGGCAGCCUUAGAAGAGGAACGUAGCGGACUCCCUUUCAGACAUUCGACAUAGAUUCACCACAAUCAACAUGCGCGAUCCUCCAAAGGUCAUAGGCCUGAAGCACCCGAACCAAGGGCCAGCGCUGAAGAAGAUUACAGAGAUAGUGUCAGAUCAAACCAAGGGAGCAAAUAACAGCCCAAACAGCUCCCUAAUCGCGAGAUCUCAGUCGCCUCCAGUGGUACCCUUGGAGAGACUGUUGUCUCGGCAAGAACUAGCUUCCCGACAUGCACGGAAGUUAUCCAUCGCCAUUGUUGGGGGUGGCUGGUAUGGGUGCCACCUCACAAAGGUGCUGCUAGAACAAGGAUAUGAAGUGACACUCUUCGAGCGGAAUGCCAAGUUAUUCAUGGAAGCAUCACGUUGGAACCAGUUUCGGCUUCAUCAAGGCUUCCACUAUGCGCGCUCGGCAAACACGCGAAGCGAGACUUUGAAGGGAUUUCGAUUAAUGCGUGAGACAUAUCCGCACCUGACAAGUUAUAUACACGAGAACCUGUACGGCGUCGCAAACGACAGCAUCUUGGAUUUGGGAACUACAACCCAAAUCAUGCGAGCCAGUGGCUUAGCUUUUGAGCUCGUAAACAAUGGCGACUACAAUCUGAGGAAUGUGCAGGGUGUCCUUCGAUGUUUUGAACAAAACUUCCUGCCAGUUCGAUGCCAAGAGUACUUCACCAGCUUACUUGGUUCAAGCGUCAAGUUCAACACUGCCGUAACUAGCUUUGAGGAGAGAGAAUCCGGCGUCUUGGUUAACGGGCAGCAAUUCGACUUCACCAUAGACUGCACGUAUAAUCAUAUGACAUCCAGUCAGCGCAUUCCCUGCUACUUUGAGCCUUGCCUCACAUUGCUCUACCGAUCGACGCACCACCAUACACGACCGGCGAGCUAUACUAUCAUCGAUGGCGAUUUCAUCUCUCUUUUCGAGUACCGCGGCGAAGACGGUCAGCUUUUGUAUACUCUAACAAGCGUGCCACACACACCACUGGGGCGCUUUGAAAAGGCGGCCGACGCUGAGGCUCUCAUGAAAACGUUUACCGAGGAGGACGCGCAAAAACUCCGACCGCUCUUUGAAGAACAGGCGCAGCACUUUAUACAGGGAUUUAGCGAGGACUACCACUACGCUGGGCACUUUGUCUCGUGCAAAACCAAGCUAAAAAGCAGCUCUGCGAACCGUGAAUGUGUGGAACACCAUACUGCACGCACAAUUUGUCUGUUCGGAGGGAAGAUUACUGGCGUUUUCCACGCCGAGAACAUGGUGAUGCAGUGGCUCAAAGAACGCACGCGGCCGCAGCGCGGACAGCUAAGCUCCUCAUCUCAACUGAAAGGGAAAGCGUUGAUAGUGACCAGGUCUCGCCAGCGGACCGCAUGGGGGAAAGUGUUCGGUGAUGACUUCGCGGAGAAGUUCGACGUGUCCCAUCUUGCUGAUAUCGUCGGAUGCUCUUUCGAUACGAUAUUAUGCAUCCUUCCCGAUGGCUUCGUGCAUCCCCGCCAUCGACGCAUCGCUCACGAGGAAACAGAGCAUCAGGCAGAUGAUCCGCAAGAGCAAGAGCGGUACUAUGCCGAGACUUUGAAAUCUCACCUUCGAUACGUUAAUUGCAACAGAUUUUUCCUUGUUACAUCUAUGAAGGACGGCAACGAGGUGCAAGGGGAGCCGCCAGAGCAGCUCGUUACCGAUGACUUCCUUCCUCUCAAAGAGGGAAGUGCGUCAUCAGGUAGCUUGCUCAUAGAGGCAUUUGUGAGGAAGCAGUUUCCCUGCAGCCUCAUUGCAAGAGUACCCAACCUUUAUGGCGGAGAUCUGGAUGCGGCACUGACGCUUAUCACGAGUGAAGUCGUCACGGAGCAGCAACCUUCCAGAUUGUACCAAUUCUACCCGAUGGCACGCUUAUGGCCGGAUCUCGAGAUAGCCAGCGCUGCGGGUCUCAAGACUAUCAACCUGGCACCGGAACCGAUACUCCUAGAGGAUAUUGCAGAAACCCUCUGGAGUCGCAAUGAAAACCAUGUGCAUCGAAGCGCUCCUCGCCACGGGCCCGCAGAGGAGUUGUUCCCAUCCCAGUUGCAGACUGCGCAUGCGGCUUUGUGGGGAAUGGACAAGCCUUACUUGAUCCCCAAGAACGAUACAUUGAGCGACUUGAAGCGGCACUUGCGUCGAAAACUUGCAUCGACUCUAGCCGUGAGCAACUCGUGUUGGUUGCCGGGUCAGGAUGUGAUUGCACUCCAUAUACUAUCGGCUUUCGGCGUUUCGAAGCUGUCGAUCGACCCAACACGAAUUUGGCCAAAUUGGCUGGAAAUAGACGAAGUAUCUGCCGAACACUACGCGCAGGAUCUGGCGACGAAGGGAUUCUCAAUAGUCAGUCUCCAUUCCAUUCUCGCGUUGAAUGACCCAUUGAACCUUCUGGAACCAAACGAGCAGCAGGAGCACUUUAUCGAGCUGGCACAGUCAGCUUGCCUGCUAGCUCGUUGGCUCGGUGCCAAACAGAUAGUUCUAUCGAAUCGGAAGGAGUCGGGUGCCGCACCACCAACAACACACAAUUACGAACUGGGCUGGGAUUACCCGACUACCGUGGCCAUAUUCCGCGAGAUCGCAGAGUUUGGGGAGCGUUGUGGAGUCACUGUGUGUGUAGAACCGGGGAUGGUCUAUGGCGGAAUGACAUUCCUCCUGACGGUGAAAGAAGCCGACAAAUUGGUAGCCGAAGUGAGUCGUCGGAAUCUGCGACUUGCCAUAAAUAUCGCAAACCUUGCACAGGAGACUGGGGACAUUAGCGACUAUUUGGCUGUCUGUCGGGAGAUUUGCAUUUCGGAGGCAGACCUGGGUGUCACAGCGCAAGGCAGCCCUGGCCAGACCCAAAGCAAAAUCCACCGCCGAUUAGGGAACCAAGAGCAUUCGGCAGGACUGUUUGUUUUGAAGAUGCAACAACAGAGCAUAAAAAAGCUGGCGGAGUCCACCAAGGCGGUUUUGAAAGAAUUCAUUCAGUAUAGGGGACCAUGUCAGUAGGGGCAGCCUGGGAAUACGCAUAUAUGUACACAGUAGUUAUUAGCCUUUCCCAUCCUCCCCAUUCCUCCCCAUAUUCAAAAAAUGAGACUUCUUUGACGAAAAGGCCAUAUCAUCAGCAC